AUGAGUUACAUAUAUCAAAAUAAUAGAUCAACUUCAUCAUUAAAUGAUAAUUUAUAUGAUAUUUCAAUAAAUCAACAACGUAUAAUGGUGAAUAAUCAACAAAAUAGUAAACCAAAAUCGAAUUGUCCAACUCCGAAAAGAAUAGCUUCAAUGACUUCAUUACCUACAUUAAACGAAAUACCGAACUCUACGGUACAUUCAACUUCAAAAAGGCCGGGUGAUUAUUAUAUACAAAAGAUUAACAGCUCAAAAUCAAAUUUACCACCACAACUAGUUAUUCCGAUGUCGCCACAAUAUACAUUUAAUAAACCUAGAUUAUCUGGUGAUUCAACAUUAUCGUUUCAAUCGAGUAUAAUAUCAGAUGAUCAUUCCCUGAUUUUAUCAAGUCAAUUUGAUGCUCCAAUGACGACUUCAAGUGCAGCUACUUCAGCUACUUCAGCUACUUCAACUACUUCGACUACUUCAACAACUCAAGAUUCAAGUUCUAGAUUAAAUUCGUUAACUACAAAUUCACCCUUUACUGAUUCAAAUUCAACUUUGAAAAAUAUACCACAAUCAAAACCACCAGUAACACCAAAUAAUUUGAGAUCUGCGUCAACUACAAAUGUGCAUCAACAAGUAUCACCAUCAUUUAAAUCUAGAUCAAAAUCAGCAACUGCAAUACCGACAAUUACAAGAUCUAAAUCAAAAUUUAUGAGUUUAAAAGAAGCAAAAGAACGUCAGAUAUUAAGAAAGAAGAAAUAUGAAGAAAAUGAUGUUGAUGAAGAAAUUCUAAGUCAAGAUUUAGAUAAUUUGAUAUUCAAUGUACCUGUAAUUAAAAAUUAUAAUGAAUUAUAUUCAAAAUCAUCAAGUUCACAAAUAAAUAUUCCCAAAACUAGAUCAAAUUCAACAACUUCAACAGGUUCUGGUUCAAGUUCACCUGGUAAUACUUCAUUAUCUCGUGUUGAUCUAGUUGGUAGUGAUUUUGAUAAAUAUCAUAAUCAAAUAAAGCCAUGUCCAUUACCUGGUAAAUUAUCAAUGGUUGAAGAAGCUGAAUUUAAUGAAGAUUCAGAAAUAACUAAAAACAUAUCACAAUUUUAUCAAUCUAGAUCAUUAUCAACUGCAAAAUUGGCUAAAGUUAAUAGAUCAAAUAAUAUGUUAUAUAAAUUACCAAAUUAUAUAAAAUCACAAUCUUCAUUAGAUGAUUUACAUUUAAUUAGUGUUGAGAAAUUAAAUAUUAUUGAACAAAGUAAUAGACCAAUAAAUUUACCACCAAAGUCAAUAAAUGAAAAGAAUAAACAUAAAAAGGAAGCUGAAAUAUUAUUUACAAAUUAUAAUAGUACUAAAAGAAAUUCAACAAAUGAAAGAGUAAAUAAACAAUCACAAAUUGAUGAAUUUAAUCAACAAUGGAGAGAUUUAUAUUCACAAUUAUCAACAUUAGAUUCCAAAAUUUUUAAUAAACAAUUCAAUUAUCAAAAGAAUAUGAUUAGGAAAUUAGCUUGGGAUUCAAGUGUUCCAAAGAAAUUAUUAUUCAAUUUUAUGAUAAUGAUGUUAUCAAAAACUGGUAAUUCCAAAGAUUCAAUAAAUACAAUCAAGAAUUCAUAUGAAUUAUUCACUAUUAAAUAUGAACAUUUAUCAUCACAAGUUAAAAAUAAUAAAGAAAUUGAAUUUGAUAAAAUUAUAUCACAUAUUUCAUCCAAACCAAUUUUUCAAAAUUGUUCAAGGUCAUUCAUUGUAAAUUUUAAAUAUUUACUUUAUAUAAAAUCAAUUUCAGAAUUUGGUUUAAAUAAGCUAGAUGAGAUUUUAAUUCCAAUACUACUUUCAAUAUUUCCACAACAAUCAUUAUCGGAUACAUAUACACUAUUAGAAUUAAUAAAUUCAGAAAUAUUCAAUAGGGAGUUUAUAAGUGCUUUGAAUCGUUCAUUUGCAAAAUUAUCAGAUUCUGAAUUUAAAGAUUUUAAUGUUAAUUGGUUAUUCAAUUUAAUUUGUCAAUUUAAUGAUUGUUUACCAUUAAGUUUAUCAGCACCAUCUACACCAAUAAUGAGUCAACAUGGAUUUGACAUUGAAAAUGAAGUUGAGAAAGAAGUUGGGUGUUCAUUAAUGAUAGUUGAAAAAUUGUUGACUUUGUUAAUUAUUUAUUCAAAUAGUAUAAAGACAAAAGAUAAAAAUAAUAUCAAAAUAUUGAAUAAUUUUGUUAAUGUGAUUUUCAAAUAUUAUCAUCUUAAUUGGAAUGAUUUUAAACAAUGUGUGAAUGAUAAUAUUUCAAUUAGAUUAAAUUAUUCAAGUGAUGAUAGAGUUAAUCUUGAUUCAUUUGUUGAUAAAUGGAAAGAUAUAUAUAAGAAGAAUUAA